GUUACCUUGUAAACCUUCCUUCUGUUGCUCGUGUACUAGCUCUGUCAAAUCAAAAGUUGACUGUUAUUUAGCAGUGUGGCAACGCCAAUAUACUUGGAUUUUGCGUCGGCGCAUAACGUUCAUUUUGGUGUGUGCUUUAUCUUUCGUAGCAGAAAUUUUUUCAGCUCACAGUGAAAUUGAACCUAAAAUAUGUUAAAGUCGGAGGUACAGCACCAAUACUGGAUAACCAAGAAGGUCGUCCAGCGCAAGCUGGGCAGCAAAGAGGACAAGCACAUAAUAUCCUCAGACGCUGAGCUAGACGCCAAAAUCGAGGUGUUCAAAUCGAUUAGUGACACCAGCACGGAACUAUGCAAAAUCAUUGACCAAUACCAGGAGCGCCUGUGCAUAUUGUCGCAGGAGGAGUGCGUGUUUGGGCGUUUUCUCAAGGAGGCGGGUAAACGCAGCAAAACGACGGGCGGCAGCAUCACGAACACGGGCAAGGCCAUGUCCUUUGCAGGACAGCAGCGAAUGUGCGUCCGUGUUCCGCUAUUGCGCCUGCAGCACGAGGUGGACGUGUAUCGGUGUCGCGCUGUUAAGGACACGGAGCUAACGUUACAGACCAUGGAAAAGGAGCGCACCGAAUACCGCGCUGCGUUGUCCUGGAUGAAGAGCACGGCCAGCCAGGACAUGGACCCCGAUACUGGCAAGGGUCUGGACAAAUUUCGCACCGCUCAGGCUCAUGUGCGCGCCGCCAAGCAUAACUUUGACGGCUACUCCAUGGACUCCAUACAAAAGAUUGAUCUGCUGGCCGCUGCACGCUGUAAUAUGUAUUCACAUGCCUUGGUCGCCUAUUUGGCUGAACUGAAGAACUUUGCCCAAAAAGCUGCCUCCACCUUUCAGACCAUUUCCAAUGCGCUGGUGGUGAAGCCCAAGUACGACUUUUGUGUGCUCAAGGAACUGUCCCAAAACGAGGGCGCCGAUGCCCCGGAUACAGUGCCCAUUGAGGCAGUCGACAAAGAUCAAUCUUUAUUCUUUGCGGAAGAAUACCAAGACAAGCCAAAGUCCGAGCCGCAGCCGCCCACAGAAGACACGCCCGCGCCGCCUAAUGCCUGCGGUGACAACGAAACGUUGCUCAUUGAGCUGUCCAAGCAGCUGGAGGAAAGUCCGCUUAUUGAGGCGCCGCUUCUCGAGACCCCGUUGUUGGACACCAGCAGCAAUAAUAAAUUCUGGGCGCGCAUGUUUACACAGCAACAGGCGCCCACGCCGAGCACCAUGUCGCCCGUUGCUGCGGCUCCGCCCAAAACGAACAACAAACAGAGCCAGCAGAGCAACAGCAGCUCCAACGCCAAUCCCUGGUUGGAACUAUUUGCCGACCUGGAUCCGCUGGCUAAUCCGCAGGCAUUUGAUCUGAAAUUAAGCGGCGGACGACGCGUUGCAGAGCAGACAUAAAACUGGACAUUUGCGUGGAAAGACUUGAGGUUUCCCGGACGCAGCAUCUACAGCAGAAAAAAAUACGACGGAUAUCGAUUUGUCGGUCUAUCGUUAGUAUUAAUAGUUUAAUUUUUCUGUCACUAUCGAUAGUUUUGGCUUUUUCACUGUCGAUAGCUUUAGCUUUUUCACAUGAAAUGAGUUUGUCAAUAAAGUACAUUAUUCUUUAUUCAAAA